UACUCCUACUCUCCACCGCUUCACCGAUUCCUCUCUCCCGCCAUGGCCAUGGAGCUCUCUGCAUCCCGAGCCAUUUCUAACCUACCCGUUUUCUCUACUGUUCUCGCCGGAAACCCGCAGCUCCGUCCGAGGCACGCUCUUCCUCUCAGAAUCGCCAUAUUCUCCCGCUCUACUCGUAGCCUUCACUUCCGAUGUCGUCCUUUUUUUGUUUCGUUGCCAAGAGCAGCAGCCUCUGAUGAUUCAAAUGGGUAUCGACCAUUCAUUACUGAAGAACGGGAUGGUGCGAUAAUCUUGGAAGAUUCUCCUGCUGAGAAGCUCCCAUCCGACGAAAUGGCGUCAUCAGAAGAACCAGUUGAGGGUGCGCAAGAACAGACGUUCGAUUUAUGGAACGGUCUUCAAUUCGAGUCUGUUGAUGUAUACAAUCUUAUCCUAUAUGGUGCUGGUGCUUUUUUGGGCCUUUGGUUGGUUUCAGCCAUUGUUGGUGCUAUAGAUUCCAUCCCCGUGGUUCCUAAGCUGUUGGAAGUUGUGGGGCUUGGUUACACAGUGUGGUUCACAGCUCGCUAUUUGUUAUUGAAGGAAAGUAGAGAUGAAUUGGCUGCUAAGGUUGACGAGUUAAAGGACCAGGUUGUUGGUUCGGAUUGACGUCGGAUUUGGUUGGAAAAUUUUUCCUUUUAUACUUCUUAUUAGGUUGUUAGUUAUCUUUGCAUAGAUAUAUUUACAUCCUCUUGAAUGGAAAUAAGCGAAUAUUGCAUUGAUUGAGUACUGUUUUGUUUGUUUAAUAGGAAAGAGAACGAGAAUGAUUGUAAAUCUUUCACAUGUUCAAUAACACAGAGUAGGCUUUUAUGCAAUGGGAAUA